AUGGCGUUUUGGAAGUUCUUGCUGUCUAUUGUGUUGGCUGGAGUGUGCGGCAAACCCACUGCGGCGAAGGCGGCCAAGCCAGGUUUGCAGAGGAAGCCACAAAAGGCAAAUGCCGGGCUGCGUCUUUUGGAAAGGGCACACAACGGCGGUGAUGAGCUGCAUCUCAAUCUCCUGCCGUUGAAGCUACUGGAGAUGCGCAGACAGACACGGACGGACGGACAUGGGAAGUGCAGUGACGACCCUCUUCUUCCCAGGUCUCUUUUCUCCUCCCUGCGGCAGCUCGUGUGCGAAAUGCGUGCUAUGGCAAGGUUCCUGUACCGAUACCCAGCACUUGGCACGACGCGUGCUGGCCACAGCAGCCACUCCGGGGCGCCCUCGUGCUCGCACAGGGGACUUGGCGCAGGGCUGCUGCCCAGAAAGCCUCCGCUGCAGUGCCCGAUGUCGAUAUGCGCGUGCUUUUGGGCUAGCCCGGACACACAGGAGUCGAGCCUGUAG